CUGUUUUGUGGUCCACAAAAGGUGCCAUGAGUUUGUCACCUUCUCUUGCCCUGGAGCCGACAAAGGCCCCGACACAGAUGACCCCAGAAGCAAGCACAAGUUUAAGAUCCACUCGUAUGGCAGUCCCACGUUCUGCGACCACUGUGGCUCCCUCCUCUAUGGACUCAUCCACCAGGGGAUGAAAUGCGACACCUGCGACAUGAACGUACACAAUCAGUGUGUGAUGAACGUGCCAAGCCUGUGUGGGACAGAUCACACGGAGCGCAGAGGACGCAUCUUCCUCAAGAUCGACGUCAGCGGAGACAGGCUACACGUCACAGUGGGGGAAGCCAGAAACCUGAUCCCCAUGGACCCUAACGGUCUGUCUGACCCCUACGUGAAGCUCAAGCUCAUCCCUGACCCCAAGAACGAGACCAAACAGAAGACCAGGACCAUACGCUCCUCACUCAACCCCACCUGGAAUGAGUCUUUCAGCUUUAAGCUGAAGGUAAUGGAUAAGGACCGUCGUCUUUCUAUAGAGGUGUGGGACUGGGACCGUACCACCAGGAACGACUUCAUGGGCUCAAUGUCGUUCGGUGUGUCUGAACUCAUCAAGUCCCCUGCCUGCGGCUGGUACAAGAUGCUGUGCCAGGAGGAAGGGGAGUACUACAACGUUCCCAUCCCUGAGAUCGACGACGUCAACAUGGAGCUCAGGCAUAAGUUUGAGAAAGCCAAGUUGGGCCAUGGGAAGAAAGUGAUUACGCCAGCGGACCACAGACGGUUCAGCUCGGACCGCACCAUGCCCGGAAUGGACCGUGUCCGACUCAGUGACUUCAACUUUCUGGCUCUGCUGGGGAAGGGCAGCUUUGGCAAGGUGAUGCUGGCAGAGAUGAAGUCCACAGAGGAGCUGUACGCCGUCAAGAUCCUGAAGAAGGACGUGGUGAUCCAGGAUGAUGAUGUGGAGUGUACCAUGGUGGAGAAGAGAGUCCUGGCCCAGAGAGACAAACCACCGUUCCUCACUGCACUCCACUCCUGCUUUCAGACUGUGGAUCGUCUGUACUUUGUGAUGGAGUAUAUUAACGGAGGGGACCUCAUGUACCACAUUCAGCGUGUGGGCAAGUUCAAGGAGCCACAGGCAGUGUUCUAUGCUGCAGAGAUCGCUGUGGGCCUGUUCUUCCUCCACAGAAAGGGUGUUGUAUACAGGGACCUCAAAUUGGACAACGUGAUGCUGGACUCUGAGGGCCACAUUAAGAUAGCAGACUUUGGCAUGUGUAAGGAGAACAUGUAUGAAGGCAUGGUCACACGCACCUUCUGUGGUACCCCCGACUAUAUCGCCCCAGAGAUCAUUGCAUAUCAGCCCUAUGGGAAAUCAGUGGACUGGUGGGCUUAUGGGGUUCUCCUCUAUGAGAUGCUAGCAGGACAGCCGCCGUUCGAUGGAGAGGAUGAAGAUGAGUUGUUCCAGUCCAUCAUGGAGCACAACGUGUCCUACCCCAAGUCCAUGUCGAAGGAGGCUGUCGUCAUCUGCAAGGGAUUCAUGACCAAGCACCCAUCAAAGCGUCUGGGCUGUGGUCUGGAGGGCGAGAGGGACAUCCGGGAGCAGGCCUUCUUCAGACGUAUCGACUGGGACCGCCUCGCCAACAGAGAGAUCCAACCGCCAUUCAAGCCUAAAACGGUGUGUAUGUGUGCGUGACUUACCCAGCUAUUAGUGUCAUUCCAGAAGUUAUUGGAAGUCUAUGAUCAGAUGAAAGAGACCCUUUUGUCCACAUGCACAGGCUGCUAUCAUAACAAGUCUCUUUAAAGGGGAAAUCUUCAGUUCAAACCAUUACAAAGCGUCACCCCUCCACUGAUAGCUACAGAUGAGAGAUGGGGCUGGAGAAAUGUAUCCACCAGACUGACCAUCCAUCAUAUCAAAAUGACAGUUUUAACCAUGUUUUGAGGUGAUACAGUGUUUGUUUACAAUGAUUCUGUUUACAAACAAAGGAGUAAAACAAGCUUAUAUUUGGGGUUCUGAUGGAGUAAAAACAUUUAACUAAGCUCUUGAGGGUUUUAUAAGUUAUAUUCCUCAAGAAUCAAUGGGGAAAUAUCAUCAAAAAGUGGAUGUAGCAAACACGUAUUGGCACUUUAACCUUGUAAUGCAGUGGGCUAAAUCAGGGUCACAUGGAAUGUUUCUUGUUAGUCUUAAAUAAAUCUACUUUGAAAGAAAAGUAUACACCUCACACACAUGGUUACGGUCUUAACAUGAAGAGGACACCUGUACCAUGUCAGAUAUGGAGUUGAAAUGUAUUCCAUUUUUUGUUUAAAUCCCAAUAUUACACUUUAUAUACAUCACAGGAGUCUGAAAUAUAACAAAACCGCUUGACAUCGAAACACAACAUUUUCUGCAUUUAAAAAAAAUAUGUUUCUAAAAAAUAUGAAUAACAUUCCACCCAUGAGGCCACUAGAGGGCGAUUUGGUCAUUUAACUGCAGGAAAGGACUGGAGAGGACCACUCUCCACUCUGAUGCACAACAUCAAAGCCACACACUUCAGGUGCACUAUUACUCAUAAGUGGGGUUUGUAUCAUAUUUCUAAAGAGUUGUAAAACUAUUUUUCAAGAGUUU